CCGCGGACCGCCGCUAGAGGGCGCUGUUUGUACCGGAGCGAGCCGAGCAGCAGCUUCACUGCCCUUCCUGCAGCAUCUCACCUUCAACCGGCCACACGAACCUCCGCCGACGCCCCUGAAGGAGAGCAACGGGAGACAUCGCGGACAAAACAGCGCCCACAAACACAGGAGGAAGCGCGCAACACCCGGCCUCGCUGCUUUAAAUUCGCCUGUUUCGCCAUUUGACACCUAAUUUCAGCCUGUCCGCCUCACUGCGACACAGAAACCCCGACCAGCUGCGCAUAAUUACAUUUUCUCAUCUUGUCAGGACUAAACUUCUCCGUCCACCUCGAAAGAAGAAGAAACCAGACAUCUCUGCAGCUCUCCUUUAAUCACAUUUUAACAGUCAGGUCGGGCCUUUCUGAUUGCCUCCAGCAUCAGCAGCAUCUUCUUCCUCAGCAUCCUCCUCCUCCUCCUUGAAUCUGCGCAAUGGCCGAUACUCCAGCGGAGUGCAAUAUAAAAGUGCUCUGUCGCUUUCGCCCCCUCAACCAGUCGGAGAUCGUACGUGGAGACCUGUUUUUACCCAAAUUUCAAGCAGACGACACUGUCAUCGUCGGGGGUAAGCCGUUUGCGUUCGAUCGCGUGUUUCCAACCAACACCACCCAGGAGCAAGUUUACAACACCUGCGCCAAGCAAAUCGUGAAGGAUGUGCUCAGUGGGUACAAUGGCACCAUCUUUGCAUAUGGACAAACCUCCUCUGGGAAGACUCACACCAUGGAGGGUAAACUGCACGACCCUCACCAGAUGGGCAUCAUUCCUCGCAUCGCUGAAGAUAUUUUCAACCACAUCUUUGCCAUGGAUGAAAACCUUGAAUUCCACAUCAAGGUUUCUUACUUUGAAAUCUACAUGGACAAAAUCCGUGACCUCUUGGAUGUGACAAAGACCAACUUGUCUGUCCAUGAGGAUAAGAACAGAGUGCCAUUUGUUAAGGGAUGCACCGAGCGCUUUGUCUCCAGCCCUGAUGAAGUUAUGGAUGUGAUCGAUGAGGGCAAGGCUAACCGCCAUGUUGCUGUGACCAACAUGAAUGAGCACAGCUCUCGCAGCCACAGCAUCUUCCUGAUCAACAUCAAACAGGAACACGUGGAGACGGAGCAGAAACUGUGUGGGAAACUCUACCUGGUGGAUCUGGCUGGCAGCGAGAAGGUCAGCAAGACCGGAGCUGCAGGUUCUGUCCUGGAUGAGGCUAAAAACAUCAACAAGUCUCUUUCUGCUCUUGGAAAUGUGAUUUCUGCCUUGGCUGAAGGAACGAAAUCUCAUGUUCCGUACCGUGAUAGCAAAAUGACCCGCAUCCUGCAGGACUCCCUCGGUGGGAACUGUCGCACCACCAUGUUCAUCUGCUGCUCCCCCUCCAGCUACAACGAGGGAGAGACCAAAUCCACUCUGAUGUUUGGGCAGCGUGCCAAGACCAUCAGGAACACCGCCUCCAUCAACCUGGAGCUGACAGCGGAGCAGUGGAAGAAGAAGUACGAGAAGGAGAAGGAGAAGAACAAGACUAUGAAGGACACCAUUCAGAAGCUGGAGGCUGAGCUCAACCGCUGGAGAAAUGGAGAGGACGUGCCUGAGACAGAACAGACCACGGCGAACAUAGUGACCUGUUUGGAGUCGGUGGAGGAGCGCCCCAUCUUGGACAACGAUACCUCCUCCAUUGUGGUCCGCAUUUCAGAAGAGGAGCGGAAGAAGUACGAGGAGGAGAUCCGCAAGCUCUACAAGCAGCUGGAUGACAAGGAUGAUGAGAUCAACCUGCAGUGCCAGCUGGUGGAGAAACUGAAGCAGCAGAUGCUGGACCAGGACGAGCUCCUGGCUUCCUCCAGGGGAGACGGGGACAAGGUCCAGGCUGAGCUCGGCAGGCUCCAGGUGGAGAGCGACUGUGCCAAGGCUGAGGUGAAGGAGGUGCUCCAGGCUUUAGAGGAACUGGCCAUAAAUUAUGACCAGAAGAGCCAGGAGGUGGAGGAGAAGGGUCUGCAGAACCAGCUGCUGGCUGACCAACUGGCCCAGAAAAUGGCGAGUCUGAUGGAGCUGGAGGCAGAGCUGUCUCGUAUGCAGGAAGUGAGCGGUCAGCAGAGGAAACGCAUCGCUGACGUCCUCAACGGGUUGAUGAGGGACCUCAGCGAGUUCAGCUCCAUCGUGGGGAACGGGGAGAUAAAGCUGCCAGUGGAGAUCAGUGGUGCGAUCGAGGAGGAGUUCACCGUCGCUCGUCUCUACAUCAGUAAGAUCAAGUCGGAGGUGAAGAGCAUGGUGAAGCGUUGUCGCCAGCUGGAGAACAUGCAGCUGGAGUGCCACCGCAAGAUGGAGGAGACCGGGAGGGAGCUGUCCUCCUGCCACCUCCUCAUCUCUCAGCACGAGGCUAAGAUUCGCUCUCUGACUGAGUACACGCAGAGCGUGGAGCAGAAGAAGAGGCAGCUGGAGGAGAGCCACGACUCCCUGAGCGAAGAACUGGCCAAACUGCAAGAUCAUGACAACUCUGUGCUGGAGGAGAAGGAUGGAGAGAAGGGUGAGACAGAGGAUGGAAGCAUGAAGAAAUCUCUUCGUCAGCAGGGGGAGUCUCAGCGCCUCCAUCAUAAGCAGCUUGCCCGCCUGCGGGAUGAGAUCAAUGAGAAGCAGAGGAUCAUCGAUGAGCUCACUGAUCGUAACUCCAAGCUGGAGCUGGAGCUGGUUCAGCUGCGUUCUGACUUUGAACGCCUGAAGAGUCAGGACAGCACCAAGAGCGAGCGCCUGGAGGAGCUCUCAUUCCUGCAUGAGCGCCAUGAGCAGACCAAACAGGACUUGAAGGGUCUGGAGGAGACUGUGGCCCGCGAACUCCAGACCCUCCACAACCUGCGCAAGCUGUUCGUUCAAGACCUCACGUCGCGGGUUAAAAAAAGUUCCGAAAUGGAACCUGAUGAUAGCGGGGGGUCUUGCACCCAGAAGCAGAAGAUUUCCUUUCUUGAGAAUAACCUGGACCAACUUACAAAGGUUCACAAACAGCUGGUUCGUGACAAUGCAGAUCUGCGUUGUGAGCUUCCAAAGCUGGAGAAACGUCUUCGGUCUACUGCUGAGAGAGUUAAGGCCCUGGAGACUGCACUGAGGGACGCCAAAGAAGGCGCCAUGAUGGACCGCCGCCGUUAUCAGCAGGAGGUUGAUCGCAUCAAAGAUGCCAUGAGGGCCAAGAAUGCUCUGAGGCGUCCCCAUGCAGCUCAAAUUGCUAAACCAGUGAGACCAAAACAGCUUCCUGUUUGCUCUCCUACCAAUCCAUUCUACUCCUACAUCUGUGCUACUGAAUAUGCCAACGCCUACAGCAAUGCACUUUUCCAGAACGGCACACAGAAGAGCUCCUCCAGCAUCAACUGCAGCCCCAACUCCGUCCAGAGCAACACAGUUUCUACAGCACUGGGCUACAGAGCAGGCAGAUAUAACGGAGACACACUGGAGUCCUUCCCACUCAACAUUGACAAUGGUAACAGCAACAGUGAAACCAGAGACAUAAACGAUAACAGGAGUGACGUUCAUUGUGGCAGCGAGGUGGAUGAUUCAAACAGACAAUACAUCAUUCAGCAGGAAACUGCUGCAAGUUAAUAUGAAGAACACGACCAAACACUGUACCCCUCCAAGGACCCCCUCUUUCUUUCCAUUCUGCAUGCAGCCCUCGCCACCACCCCUCCCACUGCAUCACCAAUGAAGAUUAAGCUGAAGAUCUGUAGCCCUGUAGUCUUCUAACUAGAUGAAGCCCCUCCUGUUGCUAUGUUGGCCACUCUUUCCCUCAGUUUUGGGGUUCAGUCCCUUCUAGUUCAAAGUAUUUAAAAAGUCUCAGUUUUAAUUAAAUAACUGAACAUCCACUCAGAUUGCACAUUGAUCUCAGCCAAUCAGAUGGUCACCAGACAGAACUGAUUACCCCCUGAGGCAGUUGAACUGAAACCGGGCUGACCUCGUUCCUGAUCGCUCUCUGAACUCACACAUUGUAAAUAUCAGUGCCGUACACUCCAGUAGAUUUUUGACCAGCAACUCUUUGUCUGAAUGCACAGCUUCCUCCGUCCCCUUGCACAGAUUUUCCAGCAGGUUUAACGUGGGUGUAGGCAGUCACAAUCCUUUUUCUCUGUCGUAAGUAAAGAGUGCAAACAGUACCACCAGCUUGUAAGAGAAGCCCCACUCUCUCUGUGCAUGUUGCUCUGUGGGUAAAGCCUUCAAAUCUCUGCAUGUGUCCUGAGUUUGGUCUGCAGCUAGUAUGCUGUAAGUAAAGUUGAACUGAUUCAGCAGAAACAAGAGAGAGAGCUAGUUCCCCUUAAUCAAAACCUUCAUUUAAGCACUGUAUCAGUUAUAUUUUAGAGUAAAGUUCAGUGCACAUCAGAAAACAACACAUCAUUAAAUGUGAUGUUAUAAGUGAUGUAACUGUAACCCAGCUCAGAACUGCAGUUGCUUUGAUGCUGUAAUGUUGCAGCUGGAUGAUGCCCUGCAUCUCUUACACACACUCAAUGAUUCUGUUUUUUUUUUUUGUUUGUUUGUUUUUUUGUCAAGCCUUAACUUGAAAUAAUUUCUUACAAUCAAAUGAUCAUGCUCUGUCCUUUGCAGAUAUUUGUAAUUUCUACCUCUGGAACAGCUUGGUGUUAAUGGAUAUUAUCCUCUCAAAUACCAAACCCUAGAAGUUCUACAGAUAGAUUCAGAGGAUCAGUAGCUGUAGAUGCCUGUGGUAGAUUUAAAUGCUUUAAUUAUAGCUGAACUUGUAUCUCCUGAAGAUUUAUUCUUGCACAUUGUCAUUUGUCACUGUAUCCAAUCAGAGAUUGGCUUUAAAGGUGCUUGUAAAAAUAGCUUCAUUAAGCAGAUGUCCUUUAAAAAGAAAUGGCAUUUGUCAGUUUAUCAUGGUCAAAAUGUAAAGUUAUGUUAUUUGCAUGUAUGUUGCCUGUCUAGAUUUCUACAGGAGAAAAGUACAAUUUUGUUUUAUGACAACAGGGAUGUCAUUUAGUGGUACUGUGCUUUUAAGAGUUCA